CUAUAAAAAAACUGAGUGAUGAAGAAAAACAGAAAAGAAGCGUAAAGAGGGAGAAUCGAAGAGAGAGAGAAAGAACAUAAGAGAAGAAAGACCCGAGCUGUAGGCCGACGGAAUUUGUGGAUCCUCCUCCACCGCCACCACCGCCGCCGCCGCCGCCGCCGAGUUCGUGACCCUUAGAGCCUCCCGUAAACUGAUUUUCAGAGAUGGAAGACCAGAAGCAUCUGUCAGUUAACCAUGGUUCGGUUAGUAAGUCAAGAAAAAAGAAACCCGUGCCACAACACCCUGAUAUCUCUCAAUCCCACGAGAUACGAACAUUUUCCGGACAAAAGGGGAAAAAGGGCACCAAAAGAGGUGCGAUAAACGAAGCUCCACCAGUGUUCCAGACAGAGAGACACUUAAUCCCGGAUACAAUGCCUGAUUCUUCGACAUCUGGCAACGAAUACAGAGCUCUCAGGCUGAAGUACUUGCUCUUGGAGGAAGAAAGCUGUGGAUUAGGAAAAGAGUUAGAGGCGGUUGAAGACGAUAUCAAAACCCUCGAAGAGGAGAAACUAUCUUUAUUGGAUGAACUUGUCGUCUUAGAAGGGCUUAUUGCUCCUUCGGAUCUUCAACCGAGAGGACAGAGAUUGCAAUAAGUUGCAUUAUAAUUUUAAUACAUGUUGC